UUAUAAAGUAUAUGCAGUAGGUUCAUUUAAAAAAAUGAUGGUACAACAUUGUGGCAGUUAAUUCAGAUAACAGCCUCCAUUAAAGGUUACACGGAUAACUCUGAACACUGCAACAAAAUGUUUUUCUUGCUCAGUUUUGAUUUAUUUUACAGUACAAAUAUCUAAACAUUCUAAAACCAAGAUAAAAUUAUUUGAGAAGCAAAAUUGUUUUCUGAGUUUAUACUUAAAACAAGAAAAAAAUAUCUACCAGUGGGGUCAGAAAAAUCAUUCAAAAGUGAGAAUGAGUUUUAUUUUUCUUACAUCAUUGGCAGUUUAUUUAUUUAUUUAUUUUUUCAUUUUUCAGAAAACAAAAAACUGCACAUUUCAGAGUUUCUUUUAUUGUGGCCAGCCUAAGGCACACCUGUGCAAUAAUCAGCAUCUUGAUGUGCCACACCUGUGAGGUGGAUGGAUUAUCUUAGCAAAGGAGAAGCGCUAACUAACACAGAUUUAGACAGAUUUGUAAACAAUAUUUGAGAGAAAUAUGCCUUUUGUGUACAUAGAAAAAGUCUUAGAUCUUUGAGUUCAGCUCAUGAAAAAUGGGGGCAAAAACAAAAGUGUUGCAUUUAUAAUUUUGUUCAGUGUAUAUUCUGAGUCACUGAUAGAGGAUUUGCUGUUUUGCAAGUAUGUCCAAACUAUGGCGACGGCUGAUGAUCUCUUUAAGAUUCUUGACAGUUAUCUCAUAGAACAUGAUCUGAAAUGGGAGGCAAGGUGACUGUCUCGAGGUAAAGUGUUGUCACGAGUUUUGAGCUUAGACUGGAGAUUCGACCCUUUUUGGAAGAGGAACGCAUGUAUGACACUGCAGGCAAGUUCAGAAGUUCAGAAACUGGCCUUACAUCUUAGCAAUGUAAUUGGAAAGCUGAACGAAUUAAAUCUUCAACUUCAAGGCAGAGAUAAGCACCUACCUCACCUAGCAGACAAUAUCACUGCAUUGAUCCGAAAGCUUGAGGUAUGGGGCAGGCACCUUGAUCAAGGAAAUACUGAGGCCUUUGAGAAUCUGAGUGAAACUGCUGAAACCAGUACUUCAGGAGCCACCACAGUGAUCCCAUGUUUCAAACAGCACAUCUCUACAUUGACAGAAUUAUUUCAAAAAUACAUUCCAAACAACAGUGUCCAGUAUGACUGGAUUAUCGAUCCAUUCAAUACAGCAGCACCUGCAGAUUUCAGCUCUGCAGAAGAGGACCAAUUCAUUGAGAUGACGAUUGACUUCACUCUUAGGCUGAGGUUUCCAGUUCAGACACUGCAUGAAUUCUGGCUUGGAGUGGAGAAAGAGUAUCCACUCAUUGGGAAGAGGAGUCUGACCAUUCUUCUUCCCUUUGCUACAUCGUAUUUCUUUUACAAAGUGACAAAAUGA